GGGCGCCGCGGAGAGUGUGGGAAUUGCUGCUCUUCCGGUUCUCUGUCCUAGUGCCUGGCGGCUGCACAGUUGCUUCUGCAGCCAUGUCGGGGUUCAGUCCGGAGCUCAUCGACUACCUGGAAGGGAAAAUCUCCUUUGAAGAGUUCGAAAGGCGGAGAGAAGAGAGGAAAACUCGUGAGAAGAAAUGUCUUCAGGAAAAAGGAAAAUUAUCAACUGAAGAGACCCGAGAUAAUUCUGAAGUUCCAUCAUCAUCAGGAAUCAGUUCUACCAAAUCCCAGGAAAAAGACAGCAAUGAAGGAGAAACGUCAGAUGGAGUGAGUAAGUCAGUUCACAAGGUCUUUGCUUCCAUGCUUGGAGAGACUGAAGAUGACGAGGAGGAAGAGGAAGAAGAAGAAGAGGAGGAGGAAACACCUGAGCAACCCACUGCAGGCGACGUAUUUGUGUUAGAGAUGGUUCUUAAUCGUGAAACCAAAAAGAUGAUGAAAGAGAAAAGGCCUCGAAGUAAACUUCCCAGAGCUCUGAGAGGCCUCAUGGGUGAAGCCAAUAUUCGUUUUGCUCGAGGAGAACGUGAAGAGGCAAUACUAAUGUGCAUGGAGAUCAUAAGACAAGCUCCUCUGGCUUAUGAGCCGUUCUCUACUCUUGCCAUGAUAUAUGAGGAUCAAGGUGACAUGGAGAAAUCAUUGCAGUUUGAGCUGAUUGCUGCACAUUUAAAUCCCAGUGACACAGAAGAAUGGGUUAGACUGGCAGAAAUGUCUCUGGAACAGGACAAUAUUAAGCAGGCUAUUUUUUGCUACACAAAAGCUCUAAAGUAUGAACCUACUAAUGUCCGUUAUCUGUGGGAGCGAUCAAGCCUUUAUGAACAGAUGGGUGAUCAUAAAAUGGCAAUGGAUGGUUAUAGGCGUAUUUUAAACCUUUUGUCUCCGUCUGAUGGAGAACGUUUUAUGCAGUUGGCUAGAGAUAUGGCAAAGAGUUACUAUGAAGCCAAUGAUAGUACUUCGGCUAUUAACAUAAUUGAAGAAGCUUUCUCAAAACAUCAGAGUUUAGUAUCCAUGGAAGAUGUUAACAUAGCAGCUGAGCUAUAUAUUUCUAAUAAGCAGUAUGACAAAGCUUUGGAGAUAAUUACAGAUUUUUCUGGAAUUCUGCUAGAAAAGAAAAUGUCAGAAGAAGACAUCUCAGAAGAGAAUAAAGCUGGUGAGAGUGUUACCUGUAUCAUACCUGACGGUGUGCCAAUAGAUAUCACGGUGAAGUUGAUGGUCUGCCUUGUGCAUCUCAACAUCCUUGAACCACUUAAUCCUCUCUUGACAACGCUGGUGGAACAGAAUCCUGAAGACAUGGGAGACCUCUAUCUCGAUGUGGCUGAAGCAUUUUUGGAUGUCGGUGAAUAUAAUUCUGCACUUCCCCUCCUCAGUGCGCUCGUUUGCUCUGAAAGAUACAACCUUGCAGUGGUUUGGCUUCGGCAUGCAGAGUGUCUAAAGGCCUUAGGCUACAUGGAACGUGCUGCUGAAAGCUAUGGUAAAGUGGUUGAUCUGGCCCCACUCCACUUGGAUGCAAGAAUUUCACUUUCCACCCUUCAGCAGCAGCUGGGCCGUCCUGAGAAAGCCCUGGAAGCUCUGGAACCAAUGUAUGAUCCAGAUACUUUAGCACAGGAUGCAAAUGCUGCACAGCAGGAACUGAAGUUGCUGCUUCAUCGUUCCACUCUAUUGUUUUCACAAGGCAAAAUGUAUGGUUAUAUGGAUACCUUACUAACCAUGCUAGCCAUGCUUUUAAAGGUAGCUAUGAAUAGAGCCCAAGUUUGUUUAAUAUCCAGUUCCAAGUCUGGAGAGAGGCAUCUCUACCUUAUUAAAGUAUCAAGAGACAAAAUAUCAGACAACAGUGACCAAGAGACAGCGAAUUAUGAUGCAAAAGCAAUAUUUGCUGUUCUUACAAGUGUCUUGCCGAAAGAUGACUGGUGGAACCUUCUUUUGAAGGCCAUAUACACUCUAUGUGACCUAUGCCGAUACGAAGAAGCUGAGUUACUUGUAGAUUCUUCAUUGGAAUAUUAUUCAUUUUAUGAUGACAGACAGAAACGCAAAGAACUAGAAUACUUUGGUCUGUCUGCUGCGAUUCUGGACAAAAAUUUCAGAAAGGCAUACAACUAUAUCAGGAUAAUGGUCAUGGAAAAUGUGAAUAAACCCCAGCUGUGGAAUAUUUUCAAUCAAGUUACCAUGCACUCCCAAGAUGUCCGACAUCAUCGCUUCUGUCUCCGUCUGAUGCUUAAAAACCCAGAUAAUCAUGCCCUGUGUGUUUUAAACGGACACAAUGCAUUCGUAUCUGGUAGCUUUAAGCAUGCACUUGGACAGUACGUGCAAGCCUUUCGUGCCUAUCCCAAUGAACCUCUCUAUAACCUCUGCAUAGGCCUAACCUUUUUUCACAUGGCAUCUCAGAAGUAUGUGUUGAAGAGACAUGCUCUUAUUGUGCAGGGCUUUUCCUUCCUUAAUCGAUACCUCACUAUACGUGGGCCUUGCCAGGAAUCAUUCUAUAAUUUGGGCCGUGGCCUUCAUCAACUAGGGCUGACUCACCUUGCAAUCCACUAUUACCAAAAGGCCCUGGAGCUCCCUCCACUUGUGGUAGAGGGUAUAGAAGUUGACCAGUUAGACUUGCGAAGAGAUAUUGCCUACAACUUGUCACUUAUUUAUCAGGGCAGCGGGAAUACUGAAAUGGCUCAAAAGCUUUUAUAUACUUAUUGUGCUAUAUGAACACCUCAGUUGCUUCACUGUUCUAAACUCCAAAAUGGAAAUAAUUAGUAUUAUCCCACAGUGAAUUUCACUUUUUAAAACUGCCCCCAUCACUGCCAGUUACCUUCAAAACUGCAGCUUUGGGCUGGGGGGUGUGGCUUGGGUAGAAUUCUUGACUGGCAUGCACAAGGCCCAUGGGUUCAUUCCCAGCACUGUAAAACAAGUAAACAAGAACAAAACCCAAAACUGUAGUUUUUAUCUUUUGGUAUACCUGUAUAUUGUUCUGUCAUUUCCUUUUAACAUUCUGUGCUAAAAUUAUCUCCAGGGUGAAAUAGACUAUAAUAGCCUCUCAGCCAGUUUGGAGUUGAACAUAUCAUUCGUCCAACUCACGUGUGCUGCAGAGUAGAACGAACACCUGUGUGCCUGUACUUUGGUAGGUGCUGGAAACGUAGGAGACAGACAGAUGUGGUCUGUACCUGUGGCAGGUCCAGAGUACAUUACUGACUAUGGAGAUGAUUACCCCUGAAUACAGUUCUUUAAACACAGAACAUUAGCAUAUAUUUUUCUGAAAGAAAUGUUUGUUUUGUACAUCAUUGUUGUCCAUUCACUUCUUAGCGCCUCAUUCCUAUUUUCAACAGCACCUAACAAAAUUAAAAGUUGUCAUGUGGUAGGAAGACAAAUAAUUGAUGUAAUCUUUCACUCUUCCCCUCAUAUCUUAGUUACAUACACUGUGAGGCUUGUACCUGGGCUUAAUUCAAACCAUACUGCUCCAAGGUAAAUACAAAAAUGCAUUAUCCAUAUCCAAAAAUAAAAAGUAGAAUUGUGCUCAAUAACAUGACAUGGUUUCCAUUUCAAGGUCACUAGGACUGUAGGAAAGAUUGGGGAGGUUGGAUUAAUGUAAUAAAGUAUUGCUGAUAAAAUUUAAAAAGAUUAAGACCUUUACUCACCUCAAAACACUGUAUGUUCUUGAAUCUAAGAUAAAAAUACUCGCUAGGUAUACUACUGGUUUGAUAACAUUUUUAGGGGAAAAUAAAUGCUAUAUUGUGUAUAUAAUUAUAACAGUCCAGUUGUGGGAAAGAAACAAGUAUGAGACUUAGGAUCAAAGAAAUAUAGUGGAGGCCUUUUAGGAAUUCUUGCCACAGUUUGUACUGUGUACACACUUUCUUAUUGAGAAGCAGAAUUUGUAUGUAAUAAAUAUUUGUAUCAUGUAUUCUGUAUAUAUCGGUAACUUAAAUAAAUUCUAUUUUUGUAAU